AUGGAGCCGGGGGGCCGGGCCCGCACUGGCCCCCCGCAGCCGGCGGCCCCGGGGCCGUGGAGGGCUCGGCCGGCGGGCGGCGGCGGCGGCGGCGGCGGCGGCGGGGGCGCCUCCUCCUGGCUGCUGGACGGGAACAGCUGGCUGCUGUGCUACGGCCUUAUCUACCUGGCGCUCUACGCGCAGGUGUCCCAGUCCAAACCCUGCGAAAGGACCGGCUCCUGCUUCUCGGGCCGCUGUGUCAAUUCCACCUGCCUCUGCGACCCGGGCUGGGUGGGCGACCAGUGCCAGCACUGCCAGGGCAGGUUCAAGUUAACAGAACCUUCUGGAUAUUUAACAGAUGGUCCAAUUAACUAUAAAUAUAAAACUAAAUGUACAUGGCUAAUUGAAGGCUAUCCAAAUGCAGUGUUAAGAUUAAGAUUCAAUCAUUUUGCUACAGAAUGUAGCUGGGAUCAUAUGUAUGUUUAUGAUGGAGAUUCAAUAUAUGCACCUUUAAUAGCUGUACUUAGUGGUUUGAUAGUUCCUGAAAUACGGGGAAAUGAAACUGUGCCUGAAGUCGUUACAACAUCUGGCUAUGCACUGUUACAUUUUUUUAGUGAUGCUGCAUAUAAUUUAACUGGUUUCAACAUUUUUUACUCAAUCAAUUCUUGCCCUAACAAUUGCUCUGGUCACGGGAAGUGUACAACUAGUGUCUCUGUUUCAAGUCAAGCAUAUUGUGAAUGUGAUAAAUACUGGAAGGGUGAAGCUUGUGAUAUCCCCUACUGUAAAGCCAAUUGCGGCAGUCCAGAUCAUGGUUACUGUGACCUAACAGGAGAAAAGUUGUGUGUCUGCAACGAUAGUUGGCAAGGUCCUGAUUGUUCUUUGAAUGUUCCUUCCACUGAGUCUUACUGGAUUCUGCCAAAUGUUAAACCCUUCAGUCCUUCCGUAGGUCGAGCUUCCCAUAAAGCUGUUUUACAUGGGAAAUUUAUGUGGGUGAUCGGUGGAUAUACUUUUAACUACAGUUCUUUUCAAAUGGUCUUGAAUUACAAUUUAGAAAGCAGUAUAUGGAAUGUAGGAGCUGUAUCAAGGGGACCUCUCCAGAGAUAUGGGCAUUCUCUUGCUUUGUAUCAGGACAACAUCUUUAUGUAUGGAGGCAGAAUUGAAACAAGUGAUGGCAAUGUCACAGAUGAAUUGUGGGUGUUUAACAUACACAGUCAGUCGUGGAGUACAAAAACGCCCACUGUGCUUGGACAUGGUCAGCAGUAUGCUGUGGAGGGACAUUCUGCACACAUUAUGGAAUUGGAUAGUAGAGAUGUUGUCAUGAUCAUAAUAUUUGGAUAUUCUGCAAUAUAUGGUUAUACAAGCAGCAUUCAGGAAUACCAUAUCUCAUCAAACACUUGGCUUGUUCCGGAAACUAAAGGAGCUAUUGUUCAAGGGGGAUAUGGCCAUACCAGUGUGUAUGAUGAAAUAACAAAGUCCAUUUAUGUUCAUGGAGGCUAUAAAGCAUUGCCAGGCAACAAAUAUGGAUUGGUAGAUGACCUUUAUAAGUAUGAAGUUAACCCAAAGACUUGGACUAUUUUGAAAGAAAGUGGGUUUGCCAGAUACCUUCAUUCAGCUGUUCUUAUCAAUGGAGCUAUGCUUAUUUUUGGAGGAAAUACCCAUAAUGACACUUCCUUGAGUAACGGUGCAAAAUGUUUUUCUGCCGAUUUCCUGGCAUAUGACAUAGCUUGCGACGAAUGGAAAAUACUACCGAAACCAAAUCUUCAUAGAGAUGUCAACAGAUUUGGUCACUCUGCAGUUGUCAUUAACGGGUCCAUGUAUAUAUUUGGAGGAUUUUCUAGUGUACUCCUUAAUGAUAUACUUGUAUACAAGCCUCCAAAUUGCAAGGCUUUCAGAGAUGAAGAACUUUGUAAAAAUGCUGGUCCAGGAAUAAAAUGUAUUUGGAACAAAAAUCACUGUGAAUCUUGGGACUCUGGGAAUACUAAUAAUAUUCUUAGAGCAAAGUGCCCUCUGAAAACAGCUGCUUCUGAUGACAGAUGUUACAGAUACGCAGAUUGUGCCAGCUGCACUGCCAAUACGAAUGGGUGCCAGUGGUGUGAUGACAAGAAAUGCAUUUCAUCAGCCAGUAACUGCAGCAUGUCUGUGAAAAACUAUACCAAAUGCCAUGUGAGAAAUGAGCAGAUUUGUAACAAACUUACUAGCUGUAAAAGCUGUUCACUAAACUUGAAUUGCCAGUGGGAUCAGCGACAGCAAGAGUGCCAGGCUCUACCAGCUCAUCUUUGUGGAGAAGGAUGGAUUCAUGUCGGGGAUGCUUGUCUUAGAAUUAAUUCCAGUAGAGAAAACUAUGACAAUGCUAAACUUUACUGCUAUAAUCUUAGUGGAAAUCUUGCUUCACUAACAACUUCAAAAGAAGUAGAAUUUGUACUGGAUGAAAUACAGAAGUAUACACAACAGAAAGUAUCACCUUGGGUAGGCUUACGCAAGAUCAAUAUAUCCUACUGGGGAUGGGAAGACAUGUCUCCAUUUACAAAUACAACACUACAGUGGCUUCCUGGUGAACCUAAUGAUUCUGGGUUCUGUGCAUAUCUAGAAAGGGCUGCAGUGGCAGGCUUAAAAGCUAAUCCUUGCACGUCUAUGGCAGAUGGGCUUGUCUGCGAAAAACCUGUUGUUAGUCCAAAUCAAAACGCGAGGCCGUGCAAAAAGCCCUGCUCUUUAAGGACGUCGUGUUCCAACUGUACGAGCAACGGCAUGGAGUGUAUGUGGUGUAGCAGCACCAAGCGGUGUGUUGACUCCAACGCCUACAUAAUCUCCUUUCCAUACGGGCAGUGUCUGGAGUGGCAGACUGCCACCUGCUCUCCCCAAAAUUGUUCUGGAUUGAGGACCUGUGGCCAGUGUUUGGAACAACCUGGGUGUGGCUGGUGCAACGAUCCUAGUAAUACUGGAAGAGGACACUGCAUUGAAGGGUCUUCCCGGGGACCAAUGAAGCUUGUUGGAAUGCUUAAUAAUGAGAUGCUUCUUGAUACCAGUCUGUGUCCUAAAGAGAAGAACUAUGAGUGGUCCUUUAUCCAGUGUCCAGCUUGCCAGUGUAAUGGACAUAGCACUUGCAUCAAUAAUAAUGUGUGCGAACAGUGUAAAAAUCUUACCACAGGAAAGCAGUGUCAAGACUGCAUGCCAGGUUAUUAUGGGGAUCCGACCAAUGGAGGACAGUGUACAGCUUGUACAUGCAGUGGCCAUGCAAAUAUUUGUCAUAUGCACACAGGAAAAUGUUUCUGCACAACUAAAGGAAUAAAAGGUGAUCAAUGCCAAUUAUGUGACUCUGAAAAUCGCUAUGUUGGUAAUCCACUUAGAGGAACAUGUUAUUACAGCCUUUUGAUUGAUUAUCAGUUUACAUUCAGCUUAUUACAGGAAGAUGAUCGCCACCAUACUGCCAUAAACUUCAUAGCAAACCCAGAACAGUCAAACAAAAAUUUGGAUAUUUCAAUUAAUGCAUCAAACAACUUUAAUCUCAACAUUACAUGGUCGGUUGGUUCAACAGCUGGAACAAUAUCUGGAGAAGAGACUCCUAUAGUUUCCAAGACUAAUAUAAAAGAAUACAGAGAUAGUUUUUCCUAUGAAAAAUUUAACUUUAGAAGCAAUCCAAACAUUACAUUCUAUGUAUAUGUCAGCAACUUUUCAUGGCCUAUUAAAAUACAGAUUGCGUUCUCACAACACAACACAAUCAUGGAUCUUGUGCAGUUUUUUGUCACCUUCUUCAGUUGUUUUUUAUCUUUAUUAUUGGUGGCUGCUGUGGUAUGGAAGAUCAAGCAAACAUGUUGGGCUUCUCGGCGGAGAGAGCAACUGCUUCGAGAACGACAGCAGAUGGCCAGCCGUCCCUUUGCGUCUGUUGAUGUAGCCCUGGAAGUGGGAGCUGAACACACAGACUUUCUGCGAGGGUCAUUAGAGGGAGCACCCAAACCAAUAGCCAUUGAACCCUGUGCUGGGAACAGAGCUGCAGUUCUGACCGUGUUUCUUUGUCUACCACGAGGGCCAUCAGGUGCCCCUCCCCCUGGGCAGUCAGGCCUUGCAAUUGCCAGUGCCCUAAUAGAUAUUUCACAGCAGAAGCCUUCAGAUAGUAAAGACAAAACUUCAGGAGUCCGAAAUCGAAAACACCACCUCUCAACGCGUCAAGGAACUUGUGUCUGA